AUGUUCGAAGAUAAUAUGGGUAACCUAACCGACUCGACGCCGAGUUUGGCCAUGCAGCUCUGUGAGAAGAACUACGACAGCACGCACAUUUUCGGCAUCAUGGCCACCAGCAAUGGGACGUUUACUCCCAUCCAGGGCGCUAUCAAGUCUUGGGCUAACGCGACGUGCCUCUCGUUCAAGGAGUCCACCAGGCUUUCUGGCUCGGCCACCUUCACCACGCCUCUUCUGCACCCAAAUCGCACCGUCUUCACCACCAGGAGCAGCGCAACCUCCGUAGCUACAAAACUUCGUGCUCGUGCUGAAUGUCGCACCGUUCAGGUUGACUCUGGCAACGGCUGCGCUGAGCUGGCUGCCAAGUGUGGUAUUUCCGGAGCCGACUUUACCAGGUACAACUCUGGCAGUGACUUCUGUUCCAAGUUGAAGCCCAAGCAGCACGUUUGCUGCUCCCAGGGAACCCUUCCGGAUUUCAGUCCCAAGCCGAAGGCUGAUGGCUCAUGCUAUUCGUACAAGGUCAAGGACGAUGACAACUGCGACAAUCUCGCUGCGGAGUAUAGUCUCACCAAACAAGAUAUUGAAGACUUCAACAAGAACACCUGGGGCUGGAACGGCUGUGUGCUUAUUUACUCGAAAACAGUUAUGUGUCUGAGCAAAGGGACUGCACCGUUUCCUGCCGAGAUCCAAAAUGCACAAUGCGGCCCUCAAAAGCCAGGCUCGAAGCCGCCAACCGAUGGCUCGGAUAUCUCUGAUCUCAAUCCCUGUCCGUUGAACGCAUGCUGCAAUAUCUGGGGACAGUGCGGAAUCACCAAGGACUUUUGCAUCGACACCAACACCGGUGCCCCGGGAACCGCCAAGCAGGGCACCUACGGCUGUAUCUCCAACUGUGGAAUGGAUGUUGUGAAGGGCAGUGGAACCGGCGCCAUCAAGAUUGCUUACUUCGAAGGAUACAAUUUCAAACGGGACUGCCUGUUCCAAGAUGCCUCCCGAAUCGACACCUCCCAGUAUACACAUAUUCACUUUGGCUUCGGCACGUUGACACCCUCUUUUGAGGUUGAGACAGGUGAUGCGCUGUCAUCGUACGAAUUUGGUGAAUUCAAGCGAAUUUCUGGCGUGAAGAAGAUCUUGUCAUUUGGUGGUUGGGACUUUUCCACCAUGCCUGAUACUUACCAGAUUUUCCGCAACGGAGUCAAGCCUGAGAACCGGCUCGCGAUGGCUCAGAAGAUUGCAACUUUCAUCAAAGAUAAUAACCUUGACGGCGUUGAUAUUGACUGGGAAUACCCCGGAGCUCCUGAUCUCCCAGACCACGAUCCGGGAACUAAAGACGACGGUCCUAAUUACCUCGCUUGCCUUGUGGUUCUUAAGAAUCUCUUGCCCGGCAAAUCCAUCUCCAUCGCUGCGCCUGCGUCUUACUGGUAUUUGAAGCAAUUCCCCAUCGCACAAAUUAGCAAGAUUGUGGAUUAUAUUGUCUACAUGACCUAUGAUCUCCAUGGCCAGUGGGAUGCCAACAAUAGCCACUCUCAGGAGGGAUGCGACACAGGUAACUGUCUGCGCAGUCAGGUCAACCUGACAGAGACUAGGCAGUCAUUGGCAAUGAUUACCAAAGCAGGUGUCCCUGGAAACAAGGUCGUUGUCGGUGUGACCAGCUAUGGGCGAUCCUUCAAAAUGGCAGAACCGGGAUGCUGGGGCCCCAACUGUCUAUACACCGGUGACCGGCUGAAUUCAAACGCGAAGAAGGGAAGGUGCACGGCCACAGCUGGCAACAGUGACAUUCUUGUCUACGAUGGCACAGAGUACGUGUCCUACAUGAGCGCGGCUACCAAGAAAAUGCGCAUGGCUCUCUACAUCACAUGGGGUCUGGCAGGCAUCUCUGACUGGGCCAGUGAUCUGAAGGAGUACAACGAGCCUCCCGGGCCGGCCAAGAACUGGAACUUGUUCUUCGAACUCAUCCUCGCCGGGGAGGACCCCAAGGCGGAUCACUCGCGAAGUAGUAACUGGACCGACAUGGAUUGCACGCACGAAAUGAUUGUCGACUCGACAUGGUACACACCCUCUGACCGAUGGAGGACUUUGAACGCGGAUGCUGCUUGGGCAGACGUCGUCAGAAUCUGGAAAAACACAGACUCAAAAAGGGGAAUUAAGUUCAUUCAGUCGGUCUCAGAUACUUUACAUAUAGGAGCUGGUGCCAACUGCGGCUCGCUGACGAGGGACAGCUGUGUCGCGAAGCACUGCCCAAAUGGUGCGAACAGUGAUACUUCUGGACCUGCGGCGCAGCUGAUGAACUCCUUGGUACAGCUCCACAUGCUACACAAGGACUACCACGACUCUCUGGUCGAGGCUACAGUUUUUAGCAGCACGGCGCUCGAUCAUAUGGAGAAUAGCUUUGCGGCGGUCCCGCCUGAGAAGGACAAUACCUGGCUGUUGCUGAUUAUUGAUCUUCUCACCGUUGGAACCCUCGGCACGGCGGGACCUUUCUUCAACACGGUCCUCAAGAAACUCCCUUAUUUCCUCCAGAAAACAAGCACCUAUGAGAAUUCCAAGGAUACCACCAUGACUAUGAUUGGACAAGGUACAACCCUCGCCAAGGACUUGAUAUCCAGCGAAAAGUCCCCAUGGACGCCGCAGUCACAAGAUGCGUUCUCAAACUAUAUGGGGCAGGUCGUCGGUGGCUGGGCCAACAUGACCUCUUAUUCACUUCGCCGAUUGUUCGACGGGAAUGAUGAUUCGAUUAAGCGCAUUGGGGAGAUCAUUUCUAACGGAAAGCUCGUCGCGGGUAAAUUUGAGCAAGAACCUGACGACUUGUACGAUGAGACUUAUAAGGAAGACCUGGUUACCAACAUUCAAAAGUGCUUCCUCGGCUUUUCCAUCCCCGCUCUGUGGCAGGCUUCGAAAUCCUACGCAUUUAUAAUCGACGCGGGCCAUGGGUGUGGAGAGAAAGAACUAAGCGAGUACCUCACAGAGGACACCAUGAAGGCCACAGGUGCCUGCGUCGACAAGCAGCAGUACUCCCUCGUCUACCCAAAGGACGACGCCAAGGUAUGCAAACACAUGUGCAACGACCACGGCUCCUGCACGACGGUGUGUAGCAACAACAAAUUCUCCGCGCCCCCGGGCCUCGACACGCUCGGCGGCAAAAGCUAUGGCGGCAUUUCCACGGCCGAUCUGAUUACGGGGUCAGUCCGCACGUGGAAGCAGAACGGCAAGGCAAACGGCGGUGGUUUCGCGGACCCGACUAAUCGGGGCACAAUCGACAACAUGAUGGACGUGGACGUUACAACGCCUGGAUUUAUGCGGAUCCCCGUCUGCAGCCCCGAGCGCGCCUUUCGAUCCUGGGACACGGCCAAGCCGGGAUCAAGCGACUUCUACCCCUGCGAUAUCCCGCCGGGCAAGGGCAACUGCGGGACCUCGACAUUUAUAGACGUAACCAGCAAUGGUUCGCCUCUUGUCGAGGACUGUCUCACCAUCAUUAAGAAUAUUGAGGGUGACGCUAGUACGGACUACACCACUCUGCUUGGUGGCAAAAAUCAGCGCGAGAUUGUCUCGCAUGUUUCUUGUAGGUUUGGCGUGGAGGCUACCGAGGAGGGCGGCAAUGUAGACUUUGUUGUUGGUGGGUAG